CCGAGGACAACGAACAUGUCUCUCAAAGACCGUGUGACGAAGAGAGCAAUACUAUGGUUUCUUAUUUUCGUUGGCUGUGGAGUGAACUACAUGAUACGAGCGAACAUCAACAUCGCCAUCGUCGCCAUGGUCCAGAUGACGACAGCAUCAGACGAAACCGCAGUCGCCAGCGAAUGUAUUGACGAUGAGUUCUCUCUGAGCGGAAACUACACCCUCAAUAGCAACAUUACUGUGCCUGGCUACAAUGUGUCUACGGAGAACAGGUUUGACUGGGACGAACACCAGCAGAACAUGGUGAUUGGCGGCGCCUUCUGGCUGUACUGGGCGGGGCAGCUGCCCGGCGGGACGCUGGCGCAGUACUACGGCACUAAGAGGGUGUUCGGCUACUCCAACCUCUUCUGCUGCGUGACGACGCUGCUGGUGCCGCUGUUCGCGCAUACCGACUACAGGCUCUUAGUGGCCCUUAGAGUUCUUCAAGGGGUCUCUAUUGGACUUUCAUGGCCAUCACUAAACCGAAUCGUCUCGCAGUGGAUACCUCCUGACGACAGAAGUAAAUUUAUGAGUUCUUACAUGGGUAAGUAUUCCACUGUGAACAAGUAA